AUGGCGCGCAAGAGAGUCAAGAAGAGGACGCACCUCGGUGCCAGCAAUCCUGUCACCGCCGGCGAGAACAAUGGCGCAAAGGAUCCCAAGAGCAUGGUCAUCCGCAUCGGCGCGGGUGAGGUUGGCUCCAGCGUGAGCCAACUUGCUGCCGAUUUCCGAAAGGUCAUGGAGCCGGGGACUGCCAGUCGAAUGAAGGAGAGAAGAGCAAACCGAUUGAAGGACUACGUUGUCAUGACCGGCCCCCUCGGCGUCACUCACCUGAUGCUCUUUUCGCGAUCAGAGAGCGGCAAUACCAACUUGCGCGUGGCACUCACACCUCGAGGCCCUACACUGAACUUCCGAGUCGAGAAAUACUCUCUGUGCAAGGAUGUACAGAAGUCCCAGAGACGCCCCAAGGGCAGCGGAAAAGAGCAGAUUGCUCCGCCAUUGCUCGUCAUGAACAACUUCCAUACCCCCGACGCCGACGCAACAUCCAAGGUGCCCAAACAUCUCGAGUCCUUGGUGACCUCCGUCUGGUCCAGUGUCUUCCCUCCGCUGAACCCGAACGCGACGCCCCUAAGCAAGAUUAAGCGCACGUUACUGCUUAACCGCGAAAAGGACCCCGAGAACGAGGGAUCCUUUAUUAUCAACAUGCGGCACUACGCCAUUACCACACGGUCGACAGGAAUCUCAAGGCCACUCCGAAGGCUCGAAAAGGCAGAGAAGCUGUUGGCUUCAAAGACAAACGGAAAGGGGGGUGUGCCGAAUCUUGGAAAGCUGGAAGAUAUCGCCGACUUUCUUCAGGGUGGAGAGAACGGGGACGGAUAUCUCACCGAUGCAACAAGCGGAAGCGAGCUCGACAGUGAUGCCGAAGUCGAGGUCAAGGAACAGAAGGCUCAGAAGAUAAGGAAGAGCGCUGCCCCGGUCGACGACGAUAUGGCCGAUGAGGAUGAUGCCGUUGAAAAGCGUGCGGUCAAGCUCGUCGAGUUAGGUCCUCGUAUGCGCCUGCGUCUGACCAAGGUUGAGGAAGGCUUGUGCUCUGGAAAGGUUAUGUGGCACGAGUAUGUCCACAAGUCCAAGGAGGAGGUAAAGGAGUUGGAGAAGCGCUGGGAGCAGAGACAGAAGGAGAAGGAGGCCAGGCGGAAACAACAAAAGGAGAACGUCGAAAAGAAGCGGAAAGCCAAUGCCGGAAAGGGCAAGGAGGCUGAUGACAGUGACGUGGACAUGGACUAUGACGACGAAUUUGACAGUGAGGGUCUGGCUGGGGAUGCCGAAUACCAGGUCAAUGAGGCCAUGGAGGAUACGGGCGAAUGGGAGGACGAGGAAGACGAGAUUACCAAAGGCUGA